GAAAGAAAUUAUUAUUGGUACGACUCAAUUAUUUGGGAAUGGGCAACAUAUACUGGAUGGGUUACAUUUACCAUUUUGUAUUGUUUAAUUUCAUUAAUCUACAUGCUUUACCGUUUAAACAAAUCCCCUCAACCCAUUUCUCAAAUAAGAUUAUACAACGUUUCCUUGGGUAUCUCCACUACUUUAACUUCUACUAUCCUCUCCGAAAAACACGCUCAAUCAAAUCUCGUUUCAAAAUAUAUUUCACAUAUAAUUUUUUAUUCACUUAUCCCAAUUUUAUCAUAUUUACCCUCUCUUAUAUCGACUUUAGUCUAUUAUAAUACAAAUAGAUAUUCCUUUUCCUUAAAUUUAUUUUCAUUGAUUUGUAUAUCAUCACAAAGUAUAUUCACCUUUAUUAUAUUCUUAUUUGAUCCUAUUAUUGAUGAAGUAAUCUUGGAACAUAAAAGAAAUGCUGAUCAUAAAAAACACGUUUUGGAUAACAUAAAAAAAGGUGUUUACGUUGAUAAUAUUUAUAAUAUUGAUCGUGAAUUACCUAGUAAUAGAGUUCAAAAUGAUAAAAUAAAUGAGAAUAAAAAGAGGAACACAAUUUAUAGUUAUGCAAAGAAUGCAAAGAAUAGAAUAUCUAUCUUAACUUCUACUGUUCUUCAUAAUAAGAAGAAAAGUAUAGAUGGUAAAGAUGGUAAGAAGGACGUAAAAGAUAUUUUUAAUCUUGACAAUGAAGUAGAUGACAUUUUAUCUCUUCUUUGAACUCUC